ACAGAGUCCAGCGCUGGGGACGACACCUUGGCACGGGCACGGGGCCAGGCUGGGCAAGAACGGGCACCGUCCCUGCGGGAUCAGGGUGUUGGCUCUGCCGGAUCGGCGUGCCGGCUCUGCGGGAUCGGGGUGCCAGCUGUGUGGGAUCGGGGAUGGCCGCCCAGACCUCCCUCCCGACCCUCAUCAGGAAGAAGCGGGAUGGCGAGCGGCUGGAGGAGGAGGAGAUCCAGAGCUUCGUGCGCGGCGUGACGGACGGCAGCGCGCAGCAGGGCCAGAUCGGCGCUAUGCUGAUGGCCAUCCGUCUGCGGGGCAUGGACGCGGGGGAGACGCUGGCGCUGACGCGGGCCAUGGCGGGCUCGGGGCGGGCACUGGCCUGGCCCCCCGCCUGGCACGGGCGGCUGGUGGACAAGCACUCCACCGGUGGCGUCGGGGACAAGGUCAGCCUGGCCCUGGCCCCUGCCCUGGCUGCCUGCGGAUGCAAGGUGCCCAUGAUCAGCGGCCGGGGGCUGGGCCACACCGGGGGCACGCUGGACAAGCUGGAGGCCAUCCCCGGCUUCCGCGUCACCCAGAGCCCCGAGGAGAUGCAGAGCAUCCUGGAGCGGGUGGGCUGCUGCAUCGUGGGGCAGAGCGAGGAGCUGGCGCCGGCUGACCGGGUGCUGUACAGCCUGCGGGACGUCACCGCCACCGUCGACAGCCUGCCCCUCAUCACGGCCUCCAUCCUCAGCAAGAAGGCCGCGGAGCAGCUCUCGGCGCUGGUGCUGGACGUCAAGUUCGGGAGCGCGGCCCUGUACCCCACGCUGGAGAGCGCGCGGGAGCUGGCACGCAGCCUGGUGGAGGUGGGCGAGCAGCUGGGCAUCCGCACAGCGGCCGUGCUGAGCCGCAUGGACGAGCCGCUGGGCCGCUGCGUGGGCAACUCGCUGGAGGUGCUGGAGGCCCUGGAGUGCCUGGACGGGGGGGGCCCCCCCGACCUGCGGGAGCUGGUCACCACCCUGGGGGGGCUGCUGCUGUGGCAGUGCGGGCUGGCGGGGGACGCAGAGCAGGGCCGCGCGCGGCUGGGGGCGGCGCUGGACGACAGCUCGGCCCUUGGCGCCUUUGAGGCCAUGCUGGGGGCGCAGGGGGUGCCCCCCGCCACCGCCCAUCGCCUCUGCACUGGGACCCCCCCCCAGCGCCGCCAGGUCCUGGGGCAGGCCCAGGUCUGCGAGGAGCUGCCCGCGCCCGGGGAAGGCUGGGUGCAGGCCGUGGAGGCGCUGCCGCUGGCCCGUGUCCUGCACGAGCUGGGGGCUGGUCGGGCACGGGCCGGGGACCCCCUGAACCUGCGGGUGGGCGCCGAGCUGCUGGUGGGCACCGGGGAGCACCUGCAGGAAGGCCAGCCCUGGCUGCGGCUGCACCACGAGGGCGCGCUGGGCGCGGAGGGGCGGCGGGCCCUGCAGGCCGCGCUGCGCCUGGGCCCCGCCCCGCCGCCCGCCGCCCCCCCGCGCCUGGCCCAGGCCAUCCUGCCCCCCGCCGCCACCGGGAGCCCCCCCUGA